GUUGAAAUCGUUGAUCAAGCAGUUCUUCAGUGGACGUGAACGUCAAUCGAAAACAUAUUUUCUGAAAUAUCCAUCAUUCUUUGUAUGGUUGACACUUGCAUCAUCAGGCAGUUAUGCAGGAAGAUAUCGGGAACCUUCCCAUAGACAUCCACUUCAACAAACUUCUUGACUGGUUGAUCAAUCGGCGUCACUGUAAGCAGCAAUGGCAGCCGGCCUCGUUGAUCGUUCAGGAGAAAAUCACAGCAGAACUUCACACAUUACAGGAGAAUGAGCAGAUUAAGACACUGGUUGGGAAUGGGAACGUCACUUACUUUACCUGCUUGGAGCUUGUUGAACUCUUAAAGAAAACUUCUGCUGGAGAGAAGAAUAUAUUUGGACAGUAUUCUUCACAGCAGAUGAAGGCCUGGAAUGAUAUAAUCAGGAUCUAUGAAAAAGAUGGUAUCUUUCUAGCUGAGACUGCCCAACUGAUCAUGAGAAAUGUGACUUAUGAGAUUCCGGCCUUGAAGAAACAAAUCUCUAGAUGUCAACAAAUACAAAAGGAGUGUGAUAAGAAGGAGGCAGACUAUAUAAGCAAGGCCGCAGAUCUGAGGAAGAAAUAUGCCAGCAGCUGUAAGGAGCUGGGAAUUAAGGGUGACAAGAUCAAGUCUGAGUUAUCUGCCCUUGUGAAGGACCUACCAAAAGUGUAUGAAGAGGUUGCCAAAGAGGCGAAGAGACUCUGCUCAGCUGUCACUUACUACCAUGAUUUCUCAGCCUUCCUCAUGAAAGGUGAACUAAAAAACUUGGACUGUGUGCCUUUAUUGAGGUUUGUGCAGGAGCACGGGAAUGUUGUGACAUACCAGUGGAACCAUGGGUGUAAACCAGUCAGUAUACAGGAAGCAGACUUCAUCAUAGAUACAAGAGAUGAGGAGGAGGUGGCGGAAGCAGAUGUGAUAGACUGGGACAUCGGAGGAGGGGGUGGGGGUGGAGAUGUUGCGGAGAUAGACUUUGACAUCUCGGGUAUCACUCUGGAGAGUGGCGGCACUGAUGAGGGAAAGAUUGACAUAGAGGUAGAGGAGAUGGGAGAGGAAAUUAACUGGGGAGAUCUGGAUGAUCCAGCACAACCUACAGAGGAGUCAGCUAAAGAUGGCGUGGCUGUAGGAGAGGAGGCCUUGACUAUACUGGACAACCCUCGUACACGAAACCUCUUCCUUGACGAUCUCAUGGAGUUGGAGGCAUUCCUUGUUCAGCGUCUGGCUGAGCUGCACAAUGCAGGGAACAUCCUGGCCACAAGUAACCUCCAGUCUGCCCCAACGUCGAUACAGGUGGACGACAAGCUCGUGGAAACCAUGGCAACGGACGUGAAGAACAUCAUCUCUCGUCUCACCUCUGUACAGAUUCAACAUCUCAUGCUGAUCAGGAACUCACCCAGAUAUGUUGAGAGGGUGAAGGAUUCACUGCGUCAGACAUUAACGCUAGCAGACAAGAUGGUGUUCUAUGAGAAGGAGAUGGUUUCCCGUCGGGACGAGGCAAUCAAUGAAGAACGAGAACUACAACCCAGGGUUCAGGAGCUUGUUAAGAAAACUAAAGUCUUGCAGAAACAGAUGGAGGGUGAGAUAUCAAAGAAGUACAAGGGCAGACCAGUGAAUAUCAUGGGAGAAAUAAACACUAUAUGAUGAACCAGUGAAUAUCAUGGGAGAAAUAAACACUAUAUGAUGAACCAGUGAAUAUCAUGGGAGAAAUAAACACUAUAUGAUGAAACAGUGAAUAUCAUGGAAGACAUAAACACUAUAUGAUGAACAAGCGAUUAUCAUGGGAGAAAUAAACACUAUAUGAUGAACCAUUGAAUAUCAUGGAAGAAAUAAACACUACCGGUAUAUGAUGAACCAGUGAAUAUCGUGGGAGAAAUAAACACUAUAUGAUUAACCAGUGAAUAUCAUGGGAGGAAUAAACACUAUAUGGAUAUCAUGGGAGAAACAAAUACUAUAUAAUGAACCAGUGAAUAUCAUGGAAGAAAUAAACAUGAUAUGAAGUUAUUGGAUACUGGAUUGUUGAUAUUUAAAAUGUACAUAUUGUAAAUAGUAGUCAACAAAUUAUGCUGGACAUAUGGGUUCAAGAUGCAUGUUAAUAUUUAUAAGUUAAUGAUAUGGAAAUAAUUUCUAUAAAAAGACAAACUGCAUUGUUAUAUUUUAGUAUGAAAUUACAUGAUCAUUAUGUUACGAAAAAAAGAAUCAAUCAACUUGUUUUAAAGUAUAUGAGGUUAACCACAAUGAACUCCUCCUAUACAUAUUAUGUGUAUAUUUUACUUUAACCUUUGUAAGGCUUUGGUUGUGGUAAUGAAAAGAAAUUAGAGUUUGUAAUAUGUAAUAACUUCAUGGAAAAGAUGCAUUACAAUUUAAAGAUUUACUCAGAAAACAAAACAAAAAUACACGGCAAAAUUUUCUUGAGGAAAGACCGUGAGGUUGUGUUGUAUUGCAUUCACAGUAAUUGGACUCAUUGUUUGGUCUUUAAUGAUAUACUCGUAUGAAUGUUUUAUUUUACAACCGAAAAUUGACAAAUUAUUAUGAUGAUGUAUUGAAUACACCAACAUGUAUGUUGUAAAUUAAGAAAACAUUUGUUCAAUUAUAUUUCUAUGUCAAUGUUUUGUAUAUGAAAACAAAUGUUACAGAGAUAUUUAUGUCAUAAUUAUGAUAAAUUAAAAGAAACA